AUGUGGUGCAUUCUAUUGCUUCUCAAUCAGUUUUCCCAACGAUCAUGGAUCAGGGAGAGAGAGCGGAAAUUGAGGAGGACAAGGAAGGGGAUUGUUUUGGUUGUUGACUUAUUACCUAUCCAGUCAGUUUGCUUCUUUGUACUGCCGGUCGUUUGGUCGAGUAUGUUUCAUCUACUUCCACUGUCACCUCCAACGUGCACAUCAACAGGAUUCGACCCAUGGAGUGGUUUCACCGACUUGUGA